AUGAGAUCUGGGCAAGCACCCGAUGGCUUCUUGCAGGCCCUGGCCUCACUUGCUGUCUCGGCGACAAACAACCAGAGCACGCCGGGGAGCUUCCUCAACAAGGUGGUGGAGAGGACCUUGUCCGGUCUGAAGGCUACUUCGCCCGAGCUUAUACAACAACUCAAGCUUGGCGAGCCGCUGGGGAGAGUUCUCCCGACGGUGAGGUGGCAGCAUGUUGCAGAUCGGGAUGGCCUUCAGGGUAGACCGCUCUGGGCCGCUGUCGACGGCAAGGUUUAUGAUAUUUCAGAUCUGGGCGACGAGCGCAUAAGAAACUUGAUUAGAUGCAAUGGCGGCCGAGUUCCCGUGCAAGAGCUCGCUGCACUGGACGGGGUCAAUGUGGACGCCGUCUUCGACAGAAUCACUCAAGACAUGUGUGCGAAGCUGGCCGAGACUGUCCACGCACAGGGUCCUGUGCCCAAUGCCGAGAUGCUAUUUACAGAAAAGGAAUUCGCAUGUUACAUUUACCCAGAGGAGGGAAUAUAUACGAUGAUAAGGGGCGACGUGUACGACAUGACAGAAGAGUUUGCUCGAUAUCAUCGAAACGCUGACCGCUGCAUCGAGGACUAUGACUACCUCCGGAUCGGACGAAUGGUCGAGGAGACCACUCCAGAUCAGCUAGCCGAGCACGAGGUCGCGGUGAACGGGAUGGUCUAUGAUUUGAGACCCCUGUGGGAGUGGGAGGACCUGCCUGAGAACCAUCCCAUCUUCACAGAAGGCGUCAGCGACGACUACGGCACGGACAUCUCGCACAGGCUGCGCGUCCCACGGCCACCUGGAGGACUAUUGCAGCUGCUCGGCCGGCGGGACCUGAUAGUGGCGAAGCUGUCGAGCGUCGUCGACGUGUACCUAGACGAGCUGGCCGAGAACGACGGCUCAGAGGUCCCGCCAGAGGGGGGAGACGACGGUGACGCCGCCGCACAAAGGCCAGCCCCGGUUCCUUACCGUCGGCCUGCGUGGGUGAGCUGUGGAGGUGAAGUCUAUGAUAUGACAUCCGUGUGGAAGUACGGUCCAGCCCCCAUGCGAGCGUGGAUCGACCAGUGGAAAGGCAAACAAGUCCCGCCGAGCGACUUCACACAGCGCCUGGCGCAGGACUACGGCUGCCGGAUAUUUGGGAGGCUGGUGAGGGGCUUCGAGACGCGCCCGCCCAACCUGAAGCGCGCUGCCGAUGAUGACGGUGACGACGCCGGCGGCGACGACGCCUUCGACCCGGACCGGGAUGACGGCCGGAUCAAACGGGGCCGUGUAGAUUGGAACGUGCUCGCUAUCGUUUGUUGA